CAGGAAGAUGACAGAAAACGACUACGUCUUGGUGUAAUACGUGAUAAAGAAAGACAAGAGCGUAAGAGACUCAACUUAGAAGAUUUGAAGGAACAACAAAGACUUCAGAAAUAUUUUGAAGAGAAGGAAAAAAGUGUGUGAACAAAAUGUCAUGGAAUCCUGCAGUGCAUGUUGCCAUAACAACUGGUGUUUCCAUGUUGGUUGGUGGUUUAGUUGCAUACAAAAUUAGUUGUGAAAGACAAAAUCUUGAAGAAGGCAAAGAAAAGGAGCUAAGUGAGGUGAUCCAUUUGUUGAAAGUAGAGGAUAUAGCUGCUUUGCUGCAGUCCGAAGAUGACAAGGUUAAGAAGGCAGCGGAACAAUUUCUGUUGGAAAGAGCUUCAAGGCGUGAACAUUUGAUUUACAUUCUUCACCAGUGUCUUAGUGAGGACAACAGCGUUAUGAUUAAAGCAACUAAAGUUAUUCAUAUGCUAACAAAAAAUUCAGAUGUUACCAAAGCAGUUUUGUUAGAUGCUGGAACAAUGAUUAUUUUGCCCCAAGCUAUCAGGAAAAUAUCAGAAAAUUUUGACUAUAAAGUACUGAUGGAGAAAUGCAAAAAGGAUGUUACACUAGAAAAAAUAUUAACAAAUUGUAUCGCAGCUAUAUUCCAAUUGACACUGCAUGAUACUGUAACAACGCUCAAUUUCUGCAAAGAAACAUCCUGUAUUCGUAAUAUUUUUCUUAACAUUCUUGGGGAUCAUGGUUACCAUAUUUCAACAGAUAUCAAGCGAUGGUCAACGUUCCUGAUUCAUCAGUUAGCUCAAUGUGAUUUGCAUCCUAUAAAGAAGUCUCUUCGCAAAUGGGGAAUUAUCAGAAAGACGACAUUUUGUUUAAUCAAAACAUUAGGAGAUAUUUUGCAGACACAGCUUUGUUUACAAAUUUUAGUUCACUAUCUAAAUGACUCUGUAGAGGAGAUAGUUCAGGUGUGUCAAGAAAUGGCUACUCUAGAUUCAUUACCACACCUAGUUGGUUUGCUGCGCUGUGAUGAAGAAGAAAAUGUUGUGCAGUUGUCAGCUGUUAUCAUUCAUCACUUUUGUUGUUUUGAUUUAGAAAUAUCCCGUCUGAGUUCACUUCCUGGUAUUGUUAAAAUACUGUUCAAUGUACUAAAUACUACUGAGGCAAACAUACAAAAAACAAUAUUGCGAAUUUGUAAUUACCUUUCAGUUAGCAGCAGUAAGUUUCGAAAACGUUUAAUAAAUCAUCAGCCCAUGAUAAAAAAAUUGUCAAUUUGUUUGGCUUCUGGAAAUGCAGACGUGGUCUAUGGAAGUUUAAUGUUAAUCCAUGAUCUUGCCAUGUCAGGAAAACACUCUGUUCAAAAACUUGUUCAUACAAAUCCUGACAUCAUCACAUCCUUGGUAAAACUGUCAUUGACCAGCAGUGGUGAGACAGUGCAGUUGUUAGCUGAGACAUUGGGUUUUAUUUGCUCAUGUGAAUCACUUCACUCCUUCAUAUUACGAAGUGGCGUUGUGAAUGCAAUUCUUCAUUUUGCGAAAAGUGGUGAUGUGUCAGUGCAAUUUUGGGCAUCUGCAUUGUUGUUAAAUCUGUCCAUGAUUUCUGAUGAAGUAAAGGACUCAAUCAUUCGAAAUGGUGGAGUGCAUAUUUUGUUAGAAAUGGCAGUCAGUGGUGAUGAUGUAGAUUUACCUGAUAUCUCAACAAAUGCAGCAAAAACAUUAGUAAUACUAGGAUUUUUAGAAAACAAAAUGGAAGUCUCCCUAGUUGGUGGUCUCGAAGGAAGUAUUAUCAUUGAUGGCACAGAACAUUGUCCAGGAAAGCAAGGAAUUAAUCUUGUCACACUAGACUUUAUGAAAUUCAAGUACUCAAAAGGACUGGUUGUCCAACCACAUGAUUUUCUAAGUCAUGUUGGAAAUUGCUUAGAGUUGUUAAAAUCAGGGCCAUUAUUCGCAGUUACCCAGGGUGAUUGCACUGUCAGUAAACAAGGUGAAAAGCUUCCUGAAACUGUUGUCAAAUACCUGCACCACAAAGAAGAUUUUUUAGGUUCUCCUGCAUGGUGCUUAAUGCUUAUGUCAGGUAAUGCUAAAGUCGCAAAUGGUGAGGAUAAUCUGGAAAUGAAAUUUCAGGUUUUUCUGAGAGAAUUUCUAAAUGUUUCUUUAAAAGAAAAUUUCACAGAUCCAUUAAUUGAUGUACUGCUUAGUGUUCCCCCAUCAAGUACAAUUAACAAGACAGAUGAUCUAGAGUUGAUUGAGAUAUUAGCAAGGCAUUCCUUUCAACGAAAAAGUAUUGUAGCCACUCCAGGGUUUUUAGAAUAUUUAAAUGAACUCAUUUGGUCUAUUAGCUCAAUAAACACCAAUCAGUUGAUGGAAUUAGAAAAUGCUACCAAAGUUUCGCAUUGCAUUGCGGCAUUGAAAAUAUUACAUCUUUGCAGCAUUGACAAAGAUUCUGUAAAAGAACUUUGCAACAGAGGACUACUUCGUGCAUUGGUGUCAUUGAUUUUAUCUAUUGUUCCUGGUUUAAUUAACAAGCAACUUUUACUUAAACAUGAAAACCAUGAGCAGAAGCUUGCGUGGUUUGAUCUAAUUGAGUCAAAAACAGAGGACAACCUUACUCAUCCUGAAACAUUCAUGGAAGAUGAGGAAUUUGAUAAUACAAUGGAUGAUUUAUGCCAUAAAGAACUUUUUGAUAAUUCUUUAAGUAAUAGAUUGGAUAGGUUGUCUAAUUCUAAUGACGAUUUAUUCAUAACAUCUGGUGAUGACAAUGAACCUGUUGUUGCUGAUAAGGACCAACCUAGGUCAAGGACCGUUACCUAUGCUGAUGAAGUUGAAUACCUUGGAGAAGAUGAGGAGAAUUAUCAACCCACUAAUCCCACACAAAGACGGCUAAGAACUGAUUCCUUUAUACUACGCACAGAUUCUCGAAAUAUGCGACGUGAUCGCCACAGUCGAUCUAUGUUGGAACGUCCAUUUUCUGUUGAGCCUUGUGAAGAACAACCUGCAAUAUCAAUGAUGUCACCUGCUAGAUCCAUUUCUAACAGACCUAUCAGUGCUGACCAUGAACAAAUGAGAAGAAUUUCUCGUAGCAUGAGUAUAUCGCUUCAACAAUCAAAAUCUACAGAGGAAGCAAUUCCAGAGUUAGCCAACCUUAAUGAAGUUUUAGAACAACUUGUUAAACAUUCAGUCAUAAUUACCUAUCAUCUGGUGAAACAUGAUCACAAUGAUGUGCAAAGUCUCAUUUUAAACUCUUAUUUGUUGCCAUUAUUGCACAAUGUUCUUGGUUGCUUAAGAGAUCCUUUUAAACAAAGAAUAGGUCUAGCGGUGUCAUCUUCUUGGAUGAAACUGGCAGCAACCCUCAUGCUUUCCACUCAAGUGAAUAAUGAAGGCGUUAUUGUUCAACACACCCAUUAUCCCAGAAGUUGUAUUGUCAGUUCUGAUAGUUUGGAAACAUCAAAUGAAAAUUGGUAUUUUGAGAGUCUUAAGGCAAACCAACCAGUUGGAAAGUCUCUUUAUUUAAAUAUUGAACUGAAGGCGAAGGGAUGGUACUAUGAAGUAGUGGUUCUUUCUGAUGGCAUUUUGCAAAUAGGUUGGGCAAAUGAGAAUUGUGUUUUUAAUCCUGAGAAAGGUAUUGGUGUUGGUGACAACUUCAAUUCUUGUGGAUAUGAUGGAGCACGUUGUAAACUAUGGAAUGGUCCAUCAAAAGAUAUAGUUAAUGAUAACGACUAUGGCAUUGAGUGGCAAUCUGGUGAUGUGAUCAGUGUCUUGUUAUCCUGGGAUGGUGUUUUAUCCUUUUGGUUAAAUGGGAAAGAUUUAGGCGAAGCAUUAGAUAACAUUGAUACAACCUUGUUAUGGUAUCCAGCUGUGUCAUUAUCUAUUGACCAACAUUGUCUGUUUGUGUUUCACAAGUCAAAUUUUAGAUAUAAACCACCGGAGGAAUUUCAGUCGAUAUCUGAAGUUCAUGCAUUCGUACACCAAACAGAUAACACUACUUCAAAUGUUACCAAACAACAGAACAUUCUUGAUAUAUCUGCAACUUUGCCCCCAGAUUCUACUGAGAAAUAUAUAUUGUUUUAUUUUGAAUUUAAUGUACAAUGUGAAAUAUCUGAAAGAGAAAUAGAUCUUGGUUAUAUGCAUGUAUACAGCAGCAGUGACGAGAAAGAAAGUGGAACAUCUUCUGUCAAGAAAGCAAUGUUUACUCAAACUGUGUCAACUAAUGCAUACAGAAAUGAGAAUAGAGAGAAAGUUAACAUCUUUGGUUGUGGCAUAUCACUGCCAAAACUAGAUAUGUUUAUAACAGCUGAUGGCGACAGGGUGUUUUCGAAGUCAUUGAUGAAAAUCAGUAGUGAUGCUGAAAACAGUCGCAAGGACUUUCUUUUAAAGCUAAUUCCGUUUGUUUCCAUGCCAACUGCUGUAGUUAAUUUUGGCCAAAACGACUUCGUUUAUGAGAAAGCCAACUCUGUUUUAUCAAAACAUCUGAGUAUGGAACAUAUAAGCAAUUUAAUUGAUAACAUUGACAGAUAGUUUGUAUGUAAUGUAUAGAAGAAAAUAAUUUCAUAAACCUUAUUUUUUUAACUUCUUUCAAAAACUAAAUAUGUGUUUGAUGUUGUUGUUACUAAUUGCAAUGUAUGUUGAUUCUUUCGUCAGAACUAAACAUUUUUCUGUAA